CAAUCUUCAAAGUGUGUGUCCGUCUCCGUGUCAAAAACCUCCGCAUGAAAUGGAAAUCCAGUACAAACCAUAGCAUUUUUGUGCAGAAGAAGGUGAGUGAGUAAUUGCGAACGACAAGGAAACAUACGUACCUAGUUCCCUGUAGGCUCAGCGCGAGUGGUUUUUCAUCUGCAUCUAACUCUGCGUAACAUCCAGAAUUAAGUGUGUAGUUUCAUCUUCCUUUUCCUUUCGGUACCGUGACCGACAAUCAUGCCCAUCGUCCGGUGCCACCACCGAAGAACAGCAGUACAGAAUCCGGGCGUCAUGGUGGCCCGAUCGGUGAGAGUGCCGUUUCUGUUAGCAGUCCUACUUUGGAGCUCGGCGCAUUUAGAUGUCGCGAGAAGCCGAGCCGUGGGGUGUCAGACAAGUGACUGCGAGACCGUGGCGCGGUCGCGGCCAAUGGAGACAGAGUUUGAGCGAACAACUGAGAACCCAGUUGCCGGCAUCGCGCUUUCAGCACCAGCAACACGUGUGCAGGGAAUGCUUCCGAUGCGGCGUGGCAGGAAGCAGCAGAAAAAAUCGACGGCAGCCCGCGUCAGAGGCGCCCUACUCAGUGCCGGAGCAGCACUCGGAAUUUUGCAAGGGCGACCACUCGUCCAGGCUGGCAUUCAUCAAAGGCCAGGCAGCACUACGCUUCAGCCAGGUCCUUGUCGCAGUUUUCUGUCUACGCCGACAGCGCCGAUUCUUUCCGCAACUAAUCGCAAGAAUAACGGCGGGGCACUAACAUGGCUCAAAAGCGGAGCCUCGGUACAACGAAAUUCGGUGCUAAAGCACUAUGAUCGCCGACAUCGCAGUGCAGUUGUGGCGACACAGCCAAGAACGCAGCUGCGCGCCGGGAAUGGGAAUAAAAAUGGAGCAGGCCACGACGACCUUUUCCGUCCGGGCAAAGACGGCAACUACGACCGCACACACUUUUGGCGGAGCAACUCGAAACUGAAAGGCCUGAAAAGGGUAUUCCGCUACAUGCUGACCCGGAAAGCGCAACACGACGCGCAGCUGUUGGCGGCGCAGUGGAAACUCGAGGAGGUCCGAUGGAAACUAGAGCAACUGCGGCUGGAUCAUAAAACUGCCGAUAUGAAAAAUGCGUCGACGAUGGGUGUUUCCUCUGACGCAGCUGACGAUGCGCGAGAUAUGACAGUGAAAAACGCUUCGAGUCCGACCUCCGCGGGAUCAUUAUCAACAGCAGGAUCUUCCGCGUCCUCCGUAGUGUCACCCAAUUCCAAGGAUCCCUCUCUCGACGACGCGGCGCGCCGUCGCGGGAAGGACCGGCUUCCGCUGGCCGACCCAGAGUUCUUCGAAGAUGUUCAUGAUUUGGAACAAGAGCGUGAUGGCAACAUAGACGAUGGGUUUUUUCCUGGAAGUGAUUCUGAUUUGCCUGGUGCUUCAGGACCUCCGCGGAAUUAUUUCAACAAAAAUUCAUCGUCAUCUUCGAGCGCGAGUGCUUCUCCAACACCUCCUGGAAGCGGCGAGGAUGCUGGCGGCAAGGAUGUUGAAGGUACUACUUCUAGAAGCACCUCCGAUACUUCUAGGCGAAUGGAUAAUGCUCCUUCUUCGGAAGAUGAUCAAGAUUCCAUCGCAUCCCGAAUCGACUGGCACACGACCGGCACGAGACGUGCUUCUGGUUUUUAUUUUCAAAAUCCUAAGAGUCAUAAACCAGAAAGAGCAGCUCGUGAGGGGCGCGUGAGACGUCGAGCUGGGACAGAUACUAAGCUGCCUGAUCAAGAUCAUGAUGAUGUUCUUUCCAGUCCUGAAGAAAGAGGUCGUGCAGAAGAUGAUGCUGAGUCCUCCUCCGAUGACGGUGGAGGUGGUUGGCUGUUCGGCCGUGGCCACCGCAGCCGGAGCCAUAAGAACGCCAAAAAUGAUCGGAAAAAUAAUGAAAAUGCUGACCGGGCCAAGAGCAAGAAUUACAACGAGAUGAGACAUCAAGACAGUCGAAGCAAUGCCGAACGAACUGUAAACUUGAACCUCACUCCAGGAGAGCAGGAAGCGUUGAGUGGCGACGCGGGCGGCGAUUCUGCCAGCGGCGCUGUGGGAAGUAAAGGUCGUGAUCACGAGGACGAUCUGCUGGGCCAUUUUGCUCAUUUCGGUACUAACGCGUCUGGGUUUUUUGAAGAUGAUUUUUCUGGUAACUACGAAAAGACCGACAGAGGGGACGAAGAACUACGUCAAGAAGAGUCGCCCCUGUUGCCCAGUUUGUCAAAAGUCCUUCUCGACACCACCGCGGGGCGCGAGGCACUGGACGAGCUGUUUACCUACUGGAUUGUGUGCCCACUCGACACGCACCGGGAUCCGGAGCUGGAAUUUUUGGUCAAGGAGAUCGAGCUGCUGUUUCAGGAAGAUUGGGCAAACUGCGUGGAAAAGCGGGUGUUGGUGUGGGCGCGGAGCCAUGCGGAGAAAGAGCAAAUGGAACUGCAGGAACAUGUACCAAUUUUUCUGGACUUAUUUCUGGAUUAAGUUCGCUACAUGUAGUAGACAACACAAAGCGCAAAAUGUGUUUCGUGAAGGAAGAGACGACUGGAUGGUAGUGCUGGUCGCUGUUAGAGUUUUGCUUUCGGAUUUUCCAACCUGAAGUUUUCUGUGUCCGAUAAAGAUGAUCAUGAUCUUCUCUCAUAGCACUAGUCCAGGUGCUUCAACAUUCUCAUUCAAACUGGAAACAAGGAAGUGCAAAUGCACAUGUCAAAGUCAAAAAUCGCGUCUAUCACAGCGUGCUUACCUCGAGGCCUGUUGGGCAUUGCCUGCGGUGAACCGAGACGAGAUGUUGGGCAAGGCACGGGCUGCUACAGAAGCAGAAGCCAAUGCAGAAUUGGAGCAGGGUAAAAAUAAAGCCAAUACUAAAAAACUUCCACCAGCAAAGCCACCUGUUCUGCCCGAAGACAUGAAAGGAGUGCUCGAUCGCAUCGCAGCCACGUCGCGAAUCACGCGGAAGGUAAACCGAGGAAAUCGGCGGUCGGAGGGUUCUAGUAGUGGAAAGAACCCAAGGGCAGCUACCGGUGCGGAUGCAGCACCAGGACCAGAACAGCGUUCUGGUAGGAGCCCCACUGCUGCAAAUCGGACCUCGCCGGAACAAAUAGCAGGGAACAAGAUGUCGGAGCACGAUCAAUCAUGCGAGGACCAGAGUUCGUCCGCAGGUGCACAAGGUAACGAUAGGAAGAAGUCCUCCUCUGAGGUCGAAGACGAGGAAGGGGACACAUAAAAAAGCUAACCACACCAAACACGCGAAUUCAAAAAAUAACAACCGUUUAUAGAUUUUCCAUAUGCAUUUGCAUCGUUUGCAGCUCGUGCGCAUUUAUUCGUGCCGCAAAGUGGGAGCCUCCGUUUUAUUCAAGCAAAGGAAGCUCCUGUUGGCGUGGCGGCAAGAUCGAAGAUAACCUAGAUUUGAUAAGUAUUAAGUAGCUUCACGGUGAGAGGUUUGAUUGACUGCUCCAUGACACUCAUGAGAGACAAAACGAUGGGUCCUAUUCUUUAUCUUUUUGUUUUUGAAUUAAGAUUGACUUUUUCGAUAUACGCCCUACCAGCACUGCCUGCCUUGCAUUUUCCAUUGCUCAGCUUGAUACACGCCGUGUCCGUACUAGAUAUUGCCUGUGCAGCUCCUUAACAAAGAAAUACACAUGAUGCGUGAAGAAGCAAACCUGAAUAGGAUUUUCUCUACUAAUAUAGCACGCCAACUACACGUUCCUGUAGCUGUACAUAGUUGUACCAACCGCUCGGUCUCUACUAGAAGUAGCCACUAAUAUACCGAUGAUUCUAAAUAAUCCUGCUCCUGAUCCAUCGCGACCUAGAAGUAGCCAAUUAUAUUCCAACGAGUCUAAAUCCAAUACCAAUAGAUUAAAAACUUGAUUCUACGUCGCCAGUAAUGAGCAAAUAUGUGUAGUUGCAGUUUCUCUAUCGAUAUGCCAGUACCUACUAGCUUCAUACCGCCGCGCGCGGCUGCUCGUGGCGAAGGCGACGGGAAACGAAAGUCGGAGUUGACGUUAGUCGUUUCUCGAUACCGCGACACCAAGUACUAGAUGCACUCGACGACUAGAAUGAAAUGCUGCCCAACACUUGUUGCCUUUACCAGCAUGAAUUUGCUUACACUCUGGGGUGUAAACAGAUUGCAUUAUUACCAGAAAAAAAAAAUAGUUGCGCUCGCGUUUGCUUGAAACGAAAAAACUCCACA